AUGUCCUCGUACUGCGGGUUCGAUGAUCGUUCGUUCGAAGACUUCGACGACUACACGUCGGAGGACAGUGGGUUCGAGAAGAGCUAUGAAUCAUACGCCGGUGACGUUACGUUCGCCGGUUGUGUGCAAGGAGCAAGAAAGCUAAACUUUGAGCAUGUGACUCCCGCGGCACAGGUAGCUCCACAUGGCGUAGGUGGAGUCCCUGCACCGUUGGAUCUUCUGCUCGACGAAACCACCGAGGGUCCUCCAUCACGGAAGCGUGGCCGUCAGUCGCUCAAGGAUAAGACGGGGCCCGCUCCGGACAAGCAAAGGACCGACGGGACCUUCUGUCCGAGUCUUGGUGUUCAAACGUCUACGCCGGUCAAGCCGGAUGGUGGUGAGCAGAAACCAAAGCGCAAGUACGCGAUGGGCAAAAGUCGCAUCACGCGAAACCGCAGCCCUACGCAGGUGAUGCGUAUUAAGCGUGUCCGGCGGUUAAAAGCGAACGAUCGCGAACGGAACCGGAUGCACACGCUUAACGAGGCGCUCGAGAAGCUGAGGCUCACGCUUCCAACCUUCCCCGAGGACACGAAGCUAACCAAGAUCGAGACGUUGCGGUUCGCGUACAAUUACAUCUUCUCGCUGGUGCAACUGCUCGACCUGGACGGCUCGAUCCAGCUCGAUCUCGAGAAGCUGCAGAGCCUUACGCUGAGCGGCGAGCGCAUCAACAAGGAGCUUUUCGAUGCUAUGUUCAUCAACCCACCGCCACCGGGACAUCACUGGGGCAUGGGAGCUCCAUUCUCGGCGGGAGAUUUCUACAGCAGCAUGCAGCAGUACGGAGCCGUCUCAAGUGGUCCUUCGAGCACGACUGGAGACGGUGUGUUCCCGGGUUCUACUCCUGGCGAACAGUUUUCCAAGCAAAACUAUCACCUAUUUCGUGGUGCCUUCGAUGCGGCCUUCAAUGCGCGGCCUUCGUCGACCGUGAACCAACCGACAUAUCCUGCCGAGUAUCCUCACCAGCACAACGCCACCCAACCGAUGCAAAAUUGUCGGCCACAGGUGGGACAUGUAGUGCAGCAUCCGCAUAACACCGGCUCGAGGCAGUCGAGCGCGAUGGCGAUGGCAGGAGUUGCUGGCAACGUGCACUACUACCCUUCAGCGAACGGAUCUGGGGGUGAAUUUUUGAGACAUGCUCCUCCGAUGACAUCAGCUCCAGCUUGUCCGGAAUCGGCUGGUCAGCGACGGCACUCGCCUCCGGACAACAACGCCCAAACGAUGCAUUAUAACAGCAGCUUCUACAACCAAACGCCACCGUGGCGUGAUGGAAAUGGUGACGGUACGUACUCCGGACUCGAUUCGGGCAUGUUCGAUGAGUUUGGGGCAGCGACCGUGGCAUAA